AUGAAGUUUGACAGAGCCUCCAAGGGCAACCUUGUGCCUCGCCUCGCCCCCCUCCCUCAAUUGUACCCCCACCAACCCCUCUUCUCCGCCUCCCCCCAGGCGCUCUACCGCAUGGAGUUUGACGGAGCCUCCAAGGGCAACCCGGGGCGGGCAGGGGCGGGGUCAGUUCUGAGAGACGAGCGUGGCUACGAGCUGGUAUGCAUGAGGGAGGGCGUGGGGCACGGCACAUGCAACAUGGCAGAGUACCGCGCGUUCAUAGGGGGGUUGGAGCUAGCACUGGCUCUCGGCAUCACAAGGCUACACGUGCAAGGGGACUCUAUGCUCGUGGUCAUGCAGGUGCAGAACAAAUGGAAGGUGAACGCCGAGAUGCUAAGGGAGCCGUGCAAGCGAGCACAGCAGCUGGUGUGCCGGUUCAGAGAGAUCGCCAUCCGCCACGUGCCCAGGAAUCCCACGUGCUCCAUCACCUCCCUCACCACCGCUUACCACCCCUCUACGUCCCUCAUCAUCGCUUGUCACCCCUCACCACUUCCCAGGAGUGGAACCAGUUGGCGGAUCGACUCUCCAAUGAGGCAGUUCCUCUCGCAGAGGACGAGCGGGUGA